UAAUUUCUGUGUUAAUGACCUUAAUUUCCUUAAUUUACCUUUUUUCAAUCAAAGGGUAAGCCCAAUUCGUAGGCAAAUAGAGAGCAGAGCUUUUCUACUGCAAUCUUCAUGGAGCCACAGAUUGGAUCUUCUUCAAGUUCAAGUUCAAGUUAUGAUGUGUUUAUCAACUUCAGAGACAAAGACACUCGCAAUACCUUUGUUGGUCACCUUUACAGGGCUCUAAAGGAUAGUGGAAUUCAUGUUUUUAUUGAUAACAAAGAUCUGUGGAAAGGAGAAAAUAUUGAGCCGAAACUUCUCAGAGCAAUAAAAGGAUCCAAACUCUCGAUUGCCCUCCUCAGUGAAAGAUACGCAGAAAGCAGAUGGUGCCUUCUGGAGCUUGUUCAAAUGUUGGAAUGUCAUAGAAUCAAUGGUCAAAUCAUUUUCCCCAUUUUCUUCAAAGUUAACCCAUCAGAUGUUAAAAAUCAGACUGGAAGUUUUGAGAUUUCACCUCAGAAACAUGGCAACGAGAAGCCUGAAACUCUAAAGACAUGGAAGAAAGCUUUGAAAGUAGUAGGUGACAAGAGUGGAUGGGUUUUUCAUGAUAGGUAAGUCUCAUCAGUACCUUGAAAUUACUUCUUUUUGUGAAGAUCUCUCUCUAUAUAUGAUCCAUGUCGUAUCUUACUUCGUCUUAUUUAUGUUUUCAAGUUAAUUUAUAUGGUUGUAAUAAGAAAUACACUAUUUAUCUAAUUCAUAUUUUUUUUUCAGUUUCACUUCCAAUUUGUUGUGACUUAUGUCUUCCUUUUUAUAUGAACUAACAUGCAGGAAUGAUGAAGCAGAGCUAGUUGAGGGAAAUGUUCAAUAUGCUUCGAUUCCAUUGAA